AUGAUGGGGAGAAAGCAAGCUCCUCUCACCCUGGCAGGGGAUGGGGCUGCACAGUGAAAAAGCCAUGUGGUGAUCUUUGACUCAUUUAACAAAAGGAGUCACGUCAUAUACAACCCCCCCAUCACCAUUCCUGUUGCCAACAUUAUCCACCGUGAUGCUAUAUGUACUGCCAGAGAGUUUAUAACAGGUUCUACCACCGAAACCCAUGCAGGACUCCGCCACUGCACUCCUGUAGUCCAUGAGCAGGAACAACAACUGUAGCCAACCCCCUCCACACCACUUCCAGAGAACACCCCGAGUGAGAUACUUGAAUUCCACCUUCCAAGGUUCCCAGCAGCAGCAUACAGUGGUGGUGUCUGACGCCAUGGAAAGCUUUAUGGCACCACUAAGCACCCUCAGUGAGCUGGGGCUUCAUCACGACAAGAAUAAGCUGCUACGCGGCAAGGCGAGUGGGCCCUCGCGGCGCAAGCGGGAGUUCAUGCCAGACGAGAAGAAGGACACUAUGUACUGGGAGAAGAGACGCAAGAACAACGAGGCGGCCAAACGCUCCCGGGAAAAGAGACGACUCAAUGACUUUGCCAUGGAGAGCCAGUUGGCGGCUCUCAGUGAGGAGAAUGCCCUCCUCAGGGCUGAGCUCCUGGCCUUGAAGCUGCACUUCGGUCUCAUCAGCCCGGACGUCUACGCCCACCAGGCCGGCUCCAUCCAGGACUUCCUGGGGAUUUACCUCAGAGGGCGCAAAGCAGCCGUCCCUCUCCUCGAGGUGGAGCCCUUGACCCGGGAUGGCUGCUUCAGGACAAACGGCGUUGUGCCCCGCAUGGUGGAGCCCACUGAGUUCGCUUACAAAGGCCUCACCCCACCCAGAAAUCUCCAGAGCUCUGACCCAAAGCAGACCCUACUGGGCACCCAGUAUGAUCUGAACCCUCACCAGCCAAAGAGACUCGAAUCAGCCUUCAAAUCCACCCUCUGCCCUCCUUACCUCAAUUACCACUUUCUGGAGAAAUACACUUGCCGGUUCCCUUCGCUGGACAAUGCCCAUUUCUUGGCCACUUCUUCCAGAAUGGCUGAGGCAGGGAACCAAGGCGCCAAAAGCCCAUUAGAUGAAGAUGAUGAGCAGCAAGUGCCUAAAAUAUCCCCUCUCCCCCUCAGCAGCCAGCUGUGCCCUGCGGAGGACCCUUCCAGGGGCCGGAGCUAUUCUGCCCUGCCUCACAAACUCAGAAUUAAGACUAAAGCCCUCAGCAGCUGGGAGGAGAGCGGCUCUGACUCCCGUUGAGACUGCAGAGGAGACCCCCCCCCACGGUGGGCUGGGAAGGAGGGAGAAAGUGGGGGAUAAUUAUCUUAUGCACUGAAGAGGGAAAGUGAUUUGUUUUGCGUUGAACAUGUGAGAUAUGGGUGUGAGCAGGGCCUGACGGGGGCAGGUCUGUGUCUGGCAUGGUAAUACUUCCCCACAACUCCACACGCCGUGUUCCAGUGAGACUCAGACUCACUCUGUGUACAACAAGGGGCUUAUGGUUUCACUUUGUUGCUUUGCUCAUGCCUGGAGCCGAAAGGCAGAGUCCGGGGUAGGCAUGGAAGGACUGAGGAUGGCGAAGGCCGAGAUUACAGGCAUGGUGAGCAGCGGAAUGAUACUCCAGCAGCACUACACCCCAACUACAGUCGCUCGGUGUGGCAGCCAUUUUCACUCCUCUUGCUUCGUGGACACUUUCUUCCCCGCAGGAUGGGGCUAUUAAAGCUUCUAUUCAUGUUUCCUGUUUGACACAGGAAAUGGACAGAGAGAGCUUCAACGACGCCCACCUCAACAUGCCUGGAGCAGGCUCAGGACAAAUGGGGGCGCAGGAGAGAGGUAGCGGACUGUCUAAGACUCAUGCUAUUCAACCACGUUCCAGCUGUAGUUCCGUUGUCCUUGCAUUCCUGCAACCACUGGGACUGUGUGUGUGUGUGAGGAUGGGAAGUGAGAUCAGAAACCAGUUGGGUGAGAAGAAGAAAGGGCCUUGGGAACAAUACUCACCUAGAUUCGUAUUGAACAGAUUUAAUUAUCCUUUAAGCCAUUUCGUAAUGGCUCAGACUUUGUCUUACCUUGAAUAUCUUCCAUGAUUCCAGAGCUCCCCAGUAUCUCCACAGUAGAACACCCUUCUGCUGUCAUUUGCAGAGCAGUUACCCAGUUUCGGAUCGUAGUUACUCUGGAAGUAAAUGUGGACUCACGUCAGUGGAUUUACGUAGGGGUAAAACAAGAGCAGGAUCUAACCCACUGUAUUUCCCAUGAAUCAUCAGUUCUCUUCAGACUGAAUAUGUCCAUGUCUCC